CAUCAAGGGGGAAAAGUUCAGCUCGUCAAGGUAGCAUUGGGUCCCGAAAGAGAGUGGACUUUGAGACGAACUCCAAGGAUGGGACUCCAGAUAGACCCAAAGGACCCCGGCCCUGGAUCACUUCACAGAAAACAAAGGCCAAGUUACCCCCAAAAGUAUUUGCACCUUUGCCGAAGCUGCCAGAUGACAACUUCUAUGAGAAUGAUGAUCCUAUUGUAAAAAGCCAACAGCCUAAAUCUCCAUUAAAUUUGAAAAAAGGUCAACCGAAAUUCAAAGCGACUAAAAAAGUUCAGGUGAAAAAAGCUACACUGAAGCAGACGAAUCUGAACAAAGGAGUUCCCGUCAAAAUAGACCCGAGUCACAAACGAGCGAUGCUUGCCAAACACCUCUCGUCCACGGCCAAGUUGAAGGAGAAAUCGGCAGACAGCAGCAGUUUGGACUUGGUGGCUUUUAAAUUUGUCUCUGCAAGUGGGAAACUGAAUAUGAAGAGUGAAAAGCAAGAUGAAGGGGAAAGUUCGUCUAUUUAUGCUUCUGUCGAAGAAACUGCCGAAACAUCCAAACUAAGGAAUGCGCGACCCAAACAGCCUGACUCGGGGUCCAGUCGGAAGACGGGGCCGGGUGGCGAAUACUCCGACUGCUACUGGCAACAACAACAGUCGGACAGUUUCGGUGCAGAUUCUUCCGAGAGCAUUCUGACUAAAUCUAAAGGAUCCAUAAAAGGAGUGUUUAAACGCAACUUGUUCAGCAGGAAACCAAACUCGACUAAAUCAUUCAGUGUCGAUGACGGAUCUCUGCACAAUUUGUAA